UCCUGUGUUUGGCCAAGACCACCAUGAGAACCCCGAGGAUGAGAAGGGACAGAAGAUAGCAUGUAUAACGUUUCUCUUCCUCCCUCUCUCUUCCCCAGGAGGACCGCAGAGGGAGAUAUGCAGAGGGCAAGGAAAUGGCACGCUCUACUGGCCAUCUCCUUUCUACUAGUCACGUCCUCGGUGCAGGGGACAAGGCAAGUGCAACCGAAUGAGAGGCGAACUCUCCUAGACCUCAUAGUGAAGGUCAAUGAGGACAGUAGCAAUAGCAGAGAAAGCGGGAAAGUCCUGUCCAGACGGUACAGCGAGAGUGCUGAUCUACACAGACUAUCAUCCUCCAGGGAGAGAACGAACUCACCUGCAAGAUCCAGCAGCAGGAGACCUAUAGAAAUAUUUUCUCGGCAUCCAACUCUAAAAGACAAGUUCAUUAACCAUUUUACAGGUCCAGUAACAUUUUCAGCAGAGUGCAACAAGCAUUUCUUUCGACUCUACCAUAACACAAGAGAUUGCUCAACACCAGCUACCUACAUAAGAUGUGCAAACAUGCUAAAACGAUUGGCUGCAAGUCCUUUAUGUUCACAGUCCUAAAAAUAUUGGUAUCUGCUAAAACAGAGCUCUGAUUUGCCAAGAAUGUGCCUUGAAACCUUCUCCGAUAUAGUCUUACACUCCAAUGAUUUCAGUUACUGUUUUGUUAAAAAAAAAAUAUAUAUAUAUCUUUAUUCUUUAUUUGAACAUUCCAUUGUCAUGUGAAUAAAACAUUUUUAAUUUUUGAAUAUA